AUGGCUCUGGGUGGCGCUGCGGCCACUGCCGCAGUGGUUGGACUUGCGUCCCAGAGCUUUGCCGUGGCUGGUUCUGGAUCCCACAUGCAGGAGCCAGUUCGCUCCUCUUCGCUGCGAGGCAAGGCGUCUCAGGCCCAGUCCUCGAACUUGCCCCUGGGUGCGCUGGCGCUGGUGACCGCUGGGGUGCGACGCCUGGGGUGCUGUUUGGGCCGCUCCGCGAAGCAGACCCGGGCGCAGGCCAUCGUGCGCCAUGCCAAGGACCACAUCAACAUUGGUACCAUCGGCCACGUCGACCACGGAAAGACCACGCUUUCGGCGGCCAUCUCCCUCGUUUGCAGCCAGUUCAGCACCUCUGACGACACGACGCGGAAGUCCUACGAGGAGAUCGACAACGCGCCGGAGGAGCGAGCCCGUGGAAUUACCAUCAACGCCUCGCACAUCGAGUACGAGACGGAGUCCAGGCACUACUGCCAUGUGGACUGCCCCGGACACGCGGACUAUGUCAAGAACAUGAUCACAGGAGCCUGCCAGAUGGACGGCGGCAUUCUCGUCAUCUCCUCCCCAGAUGGACCUAUGGCACAGACCCGCGAGCACAUCCUCCUCUCCAAGCAGGUGGGCGUGCCGGCCCUCGUGUGCUUCAUGAACAAGGUGGACAUGAUGGACGACGAAGAGCUUCUGGAGCUUGUCGAGCUGGAGACGCGCGAGAUGCUUAGCCAGUACGGCUUCCCCGGAGACGACACCCCCUUCAUCCAAGGCAGCGCGCUGCAGGCGCUUGAGACGAUGAAGUCGAACCCGGGCACCAAGAAGGGUGACGACAAGUGGGUGGACAAGAUCCUGGAGCUCAUGGAGACCGUGGACGAGUACAUCCCCACGCCGGAGCGCGACACCGACAAGCCUUUCCUGCUGGCCGUGGAGGACGUGUUCUCCAUCUCGGGCCGAGGCACCGUGUGCACGGGCCGCGUCGAGCAGGGCAUCGUCAAGAAGGGCGAUGAGGUCGAGAUCCUUGGCCGCGGCAAGAAGCCCCAGAAGUCCGUCAUUACCGGAAUCCGCAUGUUCAACACCGACCUCCCGGAGGGCCCGGCCGGCUACACGGUGGGAGUGCUGUGCCGUGGUAUCGACAAGGAUGCUGUCUUCCGCGGCCAGGUGAUUUGCGCGCCCGGUGCCACCAAGACCCACACCAAGUUCAAGGCGAACAUCUACUUCGCCAAGAAGGACGAGGGCGGCCGCUCCAACCCGGUGAUGCCCGGCUACAUGCCUGUGUUCUACUUCCGUACCUGCGACGUCACGGGCAAGAUCGAGGGCAUGGUGAGCAGCGACGGCGAUGACGUGCAGAUGGCCAUGCCCGGUGACAACAUCACCUGCACAUGCGAGCUCAUCGCCGGCACGCCCAUCGAGAAGGGCAUGCGCUUCGCCAUGCGAGAGGGCGGCCGCACCAUUGGCCAGGGUCUCAUUGAGGAGACCAUGUAA